GGGCGAGGCCCGCGGGAGGAGGGCUCGGCUCGCCGCCUGCCCACGUCCCCUCCCAGGCCGAGGAGGAGGAGGAGAAACCGAGCGAGGUCCCGGCAGAGCGGCUAGGAGAGGGUUUGAGAGAGCCCUCCUCCCCCCCCCGGAGGGAAGAGGAAAGGAGAGCCGUGGCGGGCGGCGGAGGAUGAUAACUUAGGGCCGUCCCUGGUAGUGGGAGCUGCCCGCGCUGCCCGGGCGCGGCUGGGAGGGCGGCAGCGAUGUCCCAGGGCACGGCAGGAGGAGGGGGAGCGCCCCAGGUGCUGCCGGAGGGGAAGGAGAGGCAGAGGAAGAGGAGGCGGAGGAAGAAGGAGAGUAAGACGCGGCUGGUGCGUUCCAGCUUGCUGUUACCUGAGGCUGAGGCAGAGAAGUCCAAGAGGACGGUCCUGGCCAGCAACCGCCUCAAGACCACCAAGUACACGGUGCUCUCCUUCCUGCCCAAGAACCUCUUUGAGCAGUUCCACCGCCUGGCCAACGUCUACUUUGUGUUCAUCGCGCUCCUCAACUUCUUGCCGGCCGUCAGCGCCUUCCAGCCGGAGCUGGCCUUGGCCCCCGUGCUCUUCAUCUUGGCGGUCACUGCCAUCAAGGACCUGUGGGAGGAUUACAGCCGCUACCGCUCCGACAAGGAGAUCAACCACAUGGAGUGCCUGGUGUACAGCAGAAAUGAGAAGAAAUAUAUAAGCAGAUACUGGAAAGAAGUGAAAGUUGGAGACUUUGUGCAGCUUCGCUGUAAUGAAAUUAUACCUGCUGACAUAUUGCUGCUCUCCUCAAGUGAUCCUGAUGGGCUGUGCCAUAUAGAAACAGCUAACCUGGAUGGUGAAACUAACUUAAAACAAAGACAGGUGGUGAGGAGGUUCUUAGAGCUGGACUCAGAAUUUGACCCCUUGAAGUUCACCAGUGUCAUUGAAUGCGAGAAGCCAAACAAUGACUUAAGUAGGUUUCAAGGCUACAUCGUACAUAAAAGUGGAAAAAAGGAUGGACUGUUCAAAGAAAAUCUUUUGUUACGUGGAUGUACCAUUAGAAAUACAGAAGAGGUUGCAGGAAUAGUAAUCUAUGCAGGGCAUGAGACCAAAGCUUUGUUAAAUAAUAAUGGACCCCGUUACAAACGCAGUAAGCUUGAAAGGCAGAUGAAUGCCGAUGUCCUUUGGUGUGUCCUCAUACUUCUAAUCAUGUGUCUGUUUUCUGCCAUCGGUCAUGGCCUAUGGGUAUGGCAAUAUGCUGAGAAGAAGAAACCAAUCUUUGAUGUUCCAGGACCUAAUGGCAAAUACUUGUCUCCUGUUUUAGCUUCAGUAUAUUUAUUUCUGACAGUGAUCAUAGUUUUCCAGGUUAUGAUUCCAAUUUCUUUGUAUGUAUCCAUUGAAAUAGUUAAAAUCUGCCAAGUAUACUUUAUUCAUCAAGAUAAAGAUUUAUAUGAUGAAGAAACAGACUCUCAGCUGCAGUGCCGAGCUUUAAAUAUCACAGAAGACUUGGGUCAGGUGCAGUUUAUCUUUUCAGACAAGACUGGGACACUUACUGAAAACAAGAUGGUUUUCCGAAGAUGCACUGUUUCUGGAAUAGAGUAUUCCCAUGAUGAUAAUGCCAAACGCUUAGCGAUGUACCAAGAACCUGAUUCUGAGGAAGACGAGGCAGCCCCAAAAGGAGGAACUCUAUCCCAGCGUGAUAGUAUCUGCAGCCAUCAGAGUAUCAAAGUAAUCCACAGAAGCCAGAGCACCAAAACCCACCGACGCACAGGUAGCAGAGCUGAAGCAAAAAGAGCAAGCAUACUCUCGAAGCACACUGCGUUCAGUAGCCCAAUGGAGAAGGACAUCACACCUGACCCGAGCUUGUUGGAAAAGGUGAAUGAAUGUGCAAAGCAUCUGGAGGUCAUGAGGAGCCACGAACAGCCAUUAUCCCAUCUGAGUCCAGAACUAUGUGACAUUUUUGACUUCUUCAUCGCUUUGACUAUAUGUAAUACAGUUGUGGUAACUGCACCAAAUCAGCCCCGACAGAAGGUUAGAGAUCGAUUUGAACUAAGAUCUCCAGUAAAAACCAUAGAAGACUUCAUACGAAGAUUCACUCCAAGUCGCUUGACCUCUGGAUCUAACAGCAGCAGUUCAUCUAGUCUAGCUACAAGCAAAUCAAUGCACAGAUUUGGUUUAAGUGUGCUUUCACCUACAUCUACGGAUAGCACUUUAUUAAAACUGGAAGAGAAGCUGACAUACUCUGCGCAGAUGAAUAACAAUGGCUACAGCUCCCAGCAAGGCCGAACAGCUGUGGGGAGUGGACCUGCGGAAGGCGAACUCCGUUAUGAAGCAGAGAGUCCAGAUGAAGCUGCUCUCGUCUAUGCAGCAAGGGCAUAUAACUGUUCUCUGGUUGGAAGGCUGUCUGACCAGGUAUCAGUGGAGCUACCUCACCUGGGAACAUUAAGCUUUGAAGUAUUACAUACAUUGGGCUUUGAUUCUGUCAGGAAGAGGAUGUCGGUAGUCGUUAGACAUCCUCUCACAGAUGAAAUAAAUGUUUACACUAAAGGAGCCGAUUCAGUUAUUAUGGAUCUUCUUCUACCCUGCUCUUCAGAUGACCCUCGGGGCAAACAUCAAAAAAAAAUCCAAAGCAAAACCCAGAAUUACCUUAAUCUGUAUGCUGUAGAUGGGCUGCGGACCCUCUGUAUUGCAAAAAGAGUACUCAGCAAGGAAGAGUAUGCCUGUUGGUUAAAAAGUCAUUUAGAAGCAGAAUCCUCUAUUGAAAAUCGUGAAGAACUUCUGUUUCAGUCAGCACUGCGGAUCGAGAGGAAUCUGCAUCUGCUAGGUGUAACUGGCAUUGAAGACCGUUUGCAGGAUGGUGUUCCGGAAACCAUUGCAAACCUGCGCAAAGCUGGGUUGCAGAUUUGGGUUCUUACUGGAGACAAGCAAGAAACAGCUGUUAAUAUUGCAUAUGCCUGCAAGCUACUAGAUCACGAUGAAGAAAUCAUCACUUUGAAUGCUGAAUCACCAGAGACAUGUGCUGUCUUGCUGGAACAGUGUCUGCAAUGUGUAGAGUCUAAAUUUUCAAACACCACAAUAGACGAAGCUGCUGGAAACAUGACUGUUGGGUUCACCCCUCUCUAUCCACCCUCUUUGCCUGUGCUUUCCAGCUUGGGCCUAGUGAUUGAUGGAAGGACUCUAGCUUAUGCCCUGGAACCUACACUAGAAGAUAAAUUUCUGGCGCUAGCAAAGCGAUGCCGUUCAGUACUGUGUUGUCGCUCUACCCCACUCCAAAAGAGCAUGGUAGUGAAACUAGUCAGAGACAAACUCAAAGCAAUGACCUUGGCAAUAGGUGAUGGUGCUAAUGAUGUCAGCAUGAUCCAAGUGGCAGAUGUUGGUGUGGGGAUCUCUGGUCAAGAAGGCAUGCAGGCGGUGAUGGCAAGUGACUUUGCAAUCCCAAGGUUCCGGCAUUUGGAGAAGCUCUUGCUUGUUCAUGGCCACUGGUGUUAUUCCCGACUCGCCAACAUGGUGCUGUAUUUCUUCUACAAAAAUGCAAACCUCUCUAACUCAAAGUCUAAACUCCAAAUUGCUGCAGAAGCCAUUUGUAAAUUCAGAUGACUUAUCGAAGAAGAUGUUUGGCUUGGUGGAGAUAAUAAGAAUACAAGUAAAAUAUCAACUAAAACAUGAGUGGAAAUAUCGGAGCUUGAUGAAAAAGGGAUUUCAUGUAAACAAAAUUCUACCUGCACAAGCAUGCACUGCUUCUUCCCCUUUAUGCAUUAUCUCUGCAAGACAGCACUGGACAUUUUUUGACAUAUACUUCAUUCGCUGAGGAAUUCUGUCUGGGGCCACAUUCAUAAAACAGUCUCGUCGGGGGGAAAAAAAGGAAACCUUUUUUAUUUAAAAUCUAAUACAAUUUUUAUGUAAGUUUGGUUUUACUUCUUCAGG